CCUUUAAAACCUCACCAUCCAAUCGCAUAUUCAAAAUCAAACCUUCCCAAAUAACCCUAGCUACCUUCCACCCACCUCAAACUGCUAAAUUCAUCAUGCCUCAUUUCUCAAACUCACUCAAGCUCAAGUAUGUCAAACUUGGCUACCAAUACCUUGUCAACCACAUCUUAACCUUCAUCAUCAUACCCCUAAUGCUUGCAACAUUCAUAGAGCUGCUUCGUUUAGGCCCAGAUGAAAUCCUCAAACUUUGGAACUCUCUUCACCUUCAUCUCGUCCAAAUCCUCUCCUCUUCCUUCCUCCUCAUCAUCAUCGCUACCAUCUACUUCAUGUCCAAGCCACGCACGGUCUUCCUUGUGGACUACGCCUGCUUCAAGCCACCAGUCACCUGCCGUGUCCCUUUUGCCACCUUCAUGGAGCACUCGCGCCUCAUACUCAAGAACAACCCCAAAAGCGUCGAGUUCCAGAUGAGGAUUCUAGAAAGAUCUGGCCUUGGAGAAGAAACAUGUCUCCCUCCGGCCAUCCAUUACAUCCCACCCAAACCCACCAUGGAAGCAGCCAGAGGUGAAGCUGAACUUGUCAUAUUCUCGGCUAUGGACUCGUUGUUCAAGAAAACGGGUCUGAAGCCGAAGGACAUUGACAUUCUCAUAGUCAACUGCAGCCUCUUUUCUCCAACACCAUCUUUAUCAGCUAUGGUUGUCAACAAGUACAAACUCAGAAGCAACAUCAAGAGCUUCAACCUCUCGGGAAUGGGGUGCAGUGCGGGGCUUAUUUCCAUCGACCUGGCUCGUGACCUUCUCCAAAUCCACCCUAACUCCAACGCUGUGGUUGUGAGCACGGAGAUCAUAACCCCCAACUACUACCAGGGCAAUGAGAGAGCCAUGCUUCUUCCGAACUGCUUGUUCAGAAUGGGUGGUGCUGCCAUUCUGCUAUCCAACAGAAAAUCUGAACGCAAGAGGGCUAAGUACAGACUGGUUCACGUGGUGAGAACCCACAAGGGUUCCGACGACAAAGCGUUCCGUUGUGUGUUUGAAGAGGAAGACAAAGAAGGAAAAGUGGGGAUUUCACUUUCCAAGGACCUUAUGGCCAUAGCAGGAGAAGCAUUGAAGUCUAACAUAACCACCAUGGGACCCCUCGUGCUUCCUGCUUCGGAGCAGUUACUUUUCCUUUUCACGCUUAUCGGAAGGAAAAUCUUCAACCCCAGAUGGAAACCUUACAUCCCUGACUUCAAACAAGCCUUUGAGCACUUCUGCAUCCACGCUGGUGGGCGUGCUGUGAUAGAUGAGUUGCAGAAGAAUCUUCAGCUUUCUGCGGAGCAUGUUGAGGCUUCCAGAAUGACCCUGCACCGGUUCGGGAACACCUCUUCUUCCUCUCUGUGGUACGAACUCAACUACAUUGAGUCCAAGGGGAGAAUGAAAAGAGGUGAUAGGGUUUGGCAGAUUGCAUUCGGAAGUGGGUUCAAGUGCAACAGUGCUGUUUGGAAGUGCAAUAGAACCAUUGAGACACCUCUUGAUGGCCCUUGGAGUGAUUGUAUUGAUCGCUACCCGGUUCACAUUCCUGAGAUUGUUAAGCUCUAGGAGAAACACGACCAACACUAUCUUCCUUAGUUGUCUAAAACAUUCUUGUAAAUACACAAUAAUUUAUCAGAAAUCACAGGAUUUAUACUCGUGAUUUUGUGAUUUCAAAUAAACUUUACAAAGUAAGAAAAAUUGUGUCCUGAAGAAUGUAUUAGACAGAAAGAAAAUCUGUUUUUAGCGGUUGUUUACUUCCUCCGUUGUUAUUCAUGUUUCUUCGUAUUUGGAUUUUGUUUUUCGCUGACAAUCACAAGAACUUGUUGUGAAUUGCUUACGGAAAAAUUCACAUCGGGGCUUGUAUGAUACGUGUCAUGUAAGGGAAAUAGAACUCCCCAAAUCCUAUUAAUUAGUUGUUCUUUUUGUUCGUGUAAUGAACUCGAUAAAAUGCAUGGGAAGAAAAUGAUUAUGUUGGUGAA